UUACAUUCCUUAUCUUCGCUUUCCCGCCACAUCCGUCGACCGUAGAGCUGCCCAUCAUGAAGGGUGCUCUGCUGACCGCAGCUGUGCUGCUCGGCUCCGCCCAAGGCGCAGUCCACAAGCUCAAGCUCAAGAAGGUUCCCCUCGCUGAGCAGCUUGAGUCGGUUCCCGUCGAGACCCAGCUCGAGCAUCUAGGCCAAAAGUACAUGGGAAUCCGACCCCAGAAAUCCCAUGCCGACGCCAUGUUCAAAGGCAUGGUUGCCGACGUCCAAGGCAACCACCCAGUUCCCAUUUCCAACUUCAUGAACGCUCAAUAUUUCUCUGAAAUUACGCUAGGUACUCCUCCUCAGAGCUUCAAGGUGGUGCUGGACACGGGUAGCUCCAACCUGUGGGUCCCAUCCGUGGAAUGCGGCUCCAUCGCUUGCUAUCUGCACAACAAGUACGACUCGUCAGCCUCGUCUACCUACAAGGCAAACGGAUCUUCCUUCGAGAUUAAGUACGGUUCAGGAAGUCUGAGCGGUUUCGUGUCCCAGGACACUAUGACCAUCGGGGACAUCACCAUCAAAGGUCAGGACUUUGCCGAGGCGACCAACGAGCCAGGCUUGGCCUUUGCUUUUGGCCGCUUCGACGGCAUUCUUGGCCUUGGUUUCGACCGGAUUUCGGUCAACGGGAUUGUUCCCCCGUUCUACAAGAUGGUCGAGCAGAAGCUCAUCGACGAGCCAGUGUUUGCUUUCUACCUAUCCGACACUGAUGGCGAGUCCGAGGUUGUCUUUGGCGGCGUGGAUAAGGCCAGGUACAAGGGCAAGAUCACCACCAUCCCGCUGAGGCGGAAGGCCUACUGGGAGGUGGACUUCAACUCCAUCUCUUAUGGCGAUGACACCGCCGAGCUCGAGAACACGGGCGUCAUUCUGGACACCGGCACCUCGCUCAACGCAUUGCCGAGCCAGCUCGCCGAGAUGCUCAAUGCCCAGAUUGGAGCCAAGAAGAACUACGCCGGGCAGUACGCAAUUGACUGCAACAAGCGGGACUCGCUCAAGGACGUCUCAUUCAACCUGGCGGGUUACAACUUCACGCUCAGCCCCUAUGACUACGUCCUCGAAGUCAGCGGUAGCUGCAUUUCCACCUUCUUUGGCAUGGACUUCCCUGCGCCUACCGGGCCCCUUGCCAUCCUGGGUGAUGCAUUCCUUCGCAGGUAUUACACCAUCUACGACCUCGGAGCCGGCACCGUUGGGAUUGCUGAGGCGGCGAAAUGAACGCUGUUAAGAAUCCAGAUUGUGGAAUGCCUGGGUAAAGGGGGUUACUGUGGGACAGGCUUGAGUACACGUCUUUUUUGUCUCUUGUUUCCGCAUUCAUUGUACUCUACGAUGCAAAUCCUUAACUACUCAUCCUCUUACUUUUCUGGUGUUUGUGUGAUGAAAUUGCUCAACUUGAGUCCGGGCCCGAAUAUCACAGGAGCCGGAGAAUGGGGAUUAGAAUAACUACGCCAGUCAUGUUCCUUCAUGUCUGAAUCAAUACUAGGUUCCUAUGUAAAAUGGCAAGGCCUGAGCCUUUCUCCUUUCGAGGGGUAUCUAUCCCAUCCCAGAGAGUGAUUCUAUCCAGUACAUAGGGUAACCGUGACAGAAAAGUACAGGUAGUGAUCCCCGAGUGAGGCUUGACGCAAGGAUGAUAUGCGUUGGGCGCCUCAGCUCUUAAAAGUGGCCGUC